GAACAGCUAGUUUUUUAUAAAAUUGAAGUGAGGAACGAAACAAACUUACAGACGUUAAAGUUGUACUUAGUUGUAACUUAAUUUGCUUUUUUCCGCGUAAUGAAAUAAAACGAUGGAUCCUGCCCAGUUUGAAGAGCACCUCCUACCCUCCCUCAAUUGCGUGCACUAUCUCCGUUACCAACACGCCCAGCACCGACCAAUGGUAAGUGGUUACUACAGUCCAUGGAUACUUGCAAACAACUUCCAACAAAAAAGGCUACAGUUGCGUCGUCACCUCUGUGGACAAAAAGGGAAUGCCUCAAAGCCUGUAAUUUAUACUGUCUCUUUAUCUAUAACUUAUACCUUAGGCGGGAACACAGCAGUGCAAGCACUGCUAAUUGGUGGCAGAAAUAUUCAAAGAAAAGUGCCGAAAAGAAGUUCCAAAACAUAUUUAUACGUGGUAGAGCCAUGCUGCAGCUAUAUUGGUGGUAUAGUUGUAGCCCGAAUGAGUCAGCUCGACCGGGGAAGGACCACGCUCUCACAGAAUACCGCAACAGGUCACAGCAACCACUUACCAUCAGGUGAACUGUGUGCUCGCUUAUCAUCCUAUCCUAUAAAAAAAAAUAUACAAAUGUGAAACGCAUUUUGCAUUUUGACUCUUAAUCAAGGAUAAAUGUAGAUGUAUAUGAGCCACAGUAUCCACUUACCAUCAGGUGGACUGUGUACUCGAUUGACACCCUCAUUUUAAUUUUUUUUUUGCAAUAAACAACACUUGAUUUCUCGAAAACCGUUAGAGGGAGGGGCACGCGGGUAGCGGGGAAUUCUGCGUCGUCUUACGCAAUUUUAGUCACGAUGGAGCGCUUCACGGGACAACAGCGUGCUUUUUGUGUAAAACAAUUUUACAAAAAUAAUGAUUCCUACGUUACUGCACGACGUCUAUUUAGAAUUUAAUACUAUGUCAUGUAAGUGAGUGUCCAAGUGUUCAUUUAAUCAACGCUUGGGUCAAGAAGUUCGAGCAAACGGGAUCGACAACGAAUAUUAAACAAACAGGGCGACCACGUUCAAAAAGAAGCGAUGAGAUCAUUUGGGACGUUGAAAUUUCCGUAAGGAACGAUUCAGAAUCAUCUACGCAUAAGCAUUCGACAGCUUUGGCAAUACCAAGGACUAGUCUGCGGCGAAUUAUGAACCUCAAACUACACCCAUCUAAGCUUCAAAUUGUGCAGGAAAUGAAACCAAACGAUUAUAUUCAACGUAAGUUAUUGGCUGACACUACGCUGGAGCGAUUCUCUAACCUUGAGAAUGUAUUAUUUACGGACGAGGUUGAUUUUCACAUCAAUGGGCACGUAAACAGCACAAUUGUCGAUAUUGGAGCAGAGAAAACCCUCGCCUUAAACACCUAAUGCCACUUCAUUCACCUAAACGACAGUAUAGGUUGCCUUAUCAGCAAAGGGCAUGAUCGGCUCGUAUUUCUUUGAACAUAAUCAAGGAAAUAACGUACCUGUGAACUCAGUGGAAUACGUGAAGAUGUUGCGAGAGUUUUUGAUGCCACAGUACAUGACGUUGAAGGUAACAACAACAGGACUUCGAUGCAACAAGAUGGAGCAACAUGCCAUACGUCAAAUGUGACUUGACCGGUGGUCAAAGAAAUGUUUCCUAACAAAUUGAUUUCUCGCAGAGGUGAUAUUCCAUGGCCACCAAGAAGUCCAGACCUUACACCUUGCGAUUUUUUUUGUGGGGAUAGCUGAAAAGUCGAGUGUACCCUAAGGGUGCGUACAGAUUAAGUAACAUGUUGUGUAACUUUUGUUUUAUAACACGUCCAUAUUAUGUAACACUGUUUUUCAACAUUGCAACAUAUAACUAUACUGUACACAUUAGAAUAACAAUUCAAUAUAACAAUGUUAAAUGACAUUUUCGUAUGACAUUGUCGUUUGCCGUUAUGCCGUUCGAGUUAAAUAACAUUUGCGUCACGUUAUAUAACACGUUCUAUUACAUUCAGCCUCCACAUUACUGAAACAUGUUAUAUAACGUUUUAUAACAUGUUAUGUUAUAAUAUAAUGUGUACGCACCGUAAUAAACCGACAAAUGUAUCCCAAUUAAAAGAAAACAUCAACGAGGAGAUAUCCGCGAUCCCUAGCAGUAUGUGUCCGCAAUUUUUCAAAGUUUGCGUAGUCGAUUGCAAUAGUGCCAACGACGAGACGGGGCACAUCUCUCAGUUCUUAAAAAAUAAAUUUUUCUAAACGUUUAUUACGUUAAAUAAAUGAUCAACAAAAUAACAUUUUUAGUUUUAUUUCUAUUCAGGUUUCACAAGUGCAAAAAUGUAUGACCUAACCUGUAUAAAAAACAUAAUAUUUGUAUGGCCUACCAUAAUUGUCUCGGGUCUGGAAGUUUGUUCGUAUGCAAUUAUGUAAAUAGUUACUAUACAUCUGAAACUCCUAAUACAUAUGUGAGUAACGUAUGUCAUAGAGUAUCAGUUGAGCCCGUUAGGAGUUCAAACUGCAGAUAAAAGAAUAAAUAAAAUAAAAAUACAUUGUUUUGCUUCACAGUGUUUCUGGUUUACGGUGGAAUUUGGUUUAUGUAGACAAGAAGGUAAACUGAAAGCAUUUGGGGCCGGACUUCUAUCAUCUUUUGGUGAGCUGCAGUAUUGCCUCUCAGAUAAGCCCGAGUUGAGGGAAUUCGAACCAGAGAUUACAGGAGGACAAAAGUAUCCCAUCACAGAGUACCAACCCGUAUACUACGUCGCGGAGAGCUUCGAAAACGCUAAGGACAAAAUGAUUAAAUUCGCUCAAACCAUACCUCGUGACUUUGGAGUAAGAUAUAAUCCUUACACACAGAGCAUUGACAUUCUGGACUCACCGAGACAAAUGAAGGAACUGCUUAAGGAAGUUCACCAGGAAAUGGGCCUCCUACUUAACUCUAUGGAUAAAUUGUAGAAAUUUAAUUUUGAUAGUAUAAAUAUUGUUAGCUUUAAUUUAUUACAGCGAUACUAGAAUAGGCCGACUUUGCUGGACAAAGUGAUUGCAAUUGUUAAUGAGAAUAGAUAAAUAAUGAUACAUUGGGUACAUUACAUAUCUCAUUCAAAUAUAAAUAAUAAUAUUAUAAGUUAGUAAAAGUUAAAAAACAUAAACAAUACACAUUUAUCAUAAGCUGUGAUUGUACCUAAUAAGAAUCAAGAAAGAGAUCAUAAUAAUGAAAUGUUUGUAUCGUUGUCAGUUAUCAAUACGUCUGCAUAAUUUUAGAUUAUUCAGACUUCUGGAAAUGGCUAAUUUUAGAUCCCUUUACAUUUAGAUACACUUAAAUAGAUAGAAACAGGUAAAAUUAAUAAGAAAGCGUUUAAUAAGCCGUGUAAAAAGAUUAGGUUUAAACACUAGAUAUAAAAAACAAACAUGUAUAGUUUGUAUUACGAUAUUAUUCCAUAUAAUGUUUAAGUGUAGCAGUAAUUAAUUAAAAUAAUUAUCAAAAAAAAGUGUUUGUCAAUAGUGCUGCAAUUUUAGGGCAUAAGUAAUUUAUAUUUAUACUAAUUACAACCUGUAUAAUAGUAAUAAUUAGACAUGUCUCAACUUAAAAAUAAUUCCACGGUAUUUAAAAGUUCUUACAAAUAUACAAACAUUUUAUCAUCAUAUAAAGUUUAAUAUUGUACAUAUUUUAUCGGCAAAUAGAUCGUAAGGAUU